AUGGAGAAUAAUCACCAAUACGCCAAUAGGGACUAUUGGGACGAACGCUUUGCUGAUGAGAAGCAGUUUGAAUGGUUGGCAAAUUUUGAUGCCUUUAAACAUCUGAUUGUACCGAAAUUAUCUCCAGAAUCUAGAAUUCUGCACAUUGGAUGUGGUACAAGUCAAAUGUCUAUGCAACUUUAUGAGAUGGGCUUCACGAAUAUUACAAAUGUGGACUUUUCUCAGGUAUUGGUUGAUGCUGGUCGCAUUGCUCAUCCAGAAAUGGAAUGGAUCUGUGACGAUAUUCGAUCGUUAGACAAGGUUCCGUCAGCGUCCUUUGACAUAGUUCUGGAAAAGGCUACUAUAGAAGCCUUACUCGUUAAGGAAAAGAGCACAUGGAGCCCUUCUGACGACGCUUUGAGGACUGUCGAUGAUGUGCUGAGUUCGAACUUCAAACUGUUCCUACGAGCGAAAACUGAGUAUGACAAAGAAAGGCGUGACAUUUCAUCCGUUGAGUCAUUGCCGCCACAAAUCAAGACCCAUUAUAAUCGUGUUGUAGAGCAACUAGCUGGUAUUGAUCAGCUGCUGGCGGAACGACAAACUCGCUACCUCUUGGGUCCGUCAAUGACGGAAUACGAUUGUGAACUGAUGCCUAGACUACAUCCAACCCCAUUGCGUAUAAUCGGCCAGAGAAUGCUCAAUUACUGA